GCGCAGACGUCACGAUCAGCUGAGUCUUGUCAUAUGAUCAAGGCUUGCUACUACAAUACGGAAAUGAUUUCUUUUUCAACUUUAAAACAGCGACGGCUCGAAGGCAAGGACUGCACUUCAGAGUACUCCUGAUCCACGUUUGUUGCAAUCAGACGCCUGUGUCCACGCAAAAUGGCAGAAGAUAUAUUUCUGUCUGCACUGGUUAUCGCUGUAUUCAUGCUUAUAACCUGUGAUGCAAGUAUUUUUCUUUCGGCACCAGCUACAGUACAUUUAGGGCAGGACAGUUCCAAAAACGUCACCGUUGUUCCAAGUGCUCCACUGAAUGUAACAGUAGUCAUAGGCUUUAACAUCACCUACGCUUCUAAAAGUGCCAGUAUUGUUGUACUCCCAGAAGAGGUAGAAUUGCCGGCAGAAGCCAAAUCAUGUGUGUUUGAAGUCCACGCAGAACGUGUGGGCCAGGUGACGGCAUAUUUGUACAGCAACAGCACCGUUGUGAAAAGCGACAAAACCAGGAUCCGUUUUAUGGUUGUCAGAAGCAAUAUCCUUGAGAUAAUCAACCAAGUGAUUGGCUGGAUUUACUUUCUUGCAUGGUCUGUUUCAUUCUACCCUCAGCUAUACGAAAACUGGAAAAGAAAAAGCGUGGUUGGACUGAACUUUGAUUUCCUGGCCCUCAACCUCACUGGAUUCAUUGCAUACAGUGUCUUCAAUGUAGGCCUCUUCUGGACACCCUACUUGAAGGAGGAGUUCUUGAAGAUAUAUCCCAAUGGGGUGAACCCUGUUGAUGCCAAUGAUGUAUUUUUUAGCCUCCAUGCUGUAGUUUUGACACUACUUUAUGUGUGUCAGUGUACCGUGUAUGAGAGAGGGGACCAGAAGGUGUCCAAAGUUGCCAUUGCCUUACUGGUAAUUGCCUGGACAUUUGCUUUGGUGACCCUCUUCAUUGCUGUGGCCAGGAAGAUCACCUGGCUGGAAUACAUAUAUUAUUUUUCCUACAUCAAGUUAGGCGUCACACUGGUCAAAUACAUCCCACAGGCUUACAUGAACUACAAGAGACAAAGUACAGAGGGGUGGAGCAUUGGCAAUGUGCUGCUGGAUUUCACUGGCGGCAGCUUUAGCCUCAUUCAGAUGUUCCUGCAGUCAUACAACAAUGAUGAGUGGAAGCUGAUUUUCGGAGACCCCACAAAGUUUGGAUUAGGUGUAUUCUCCAUAUUGUUCGAUAUUUUAUUUAUAGUUCAACACUAUUGUUUGUAUCGACGAUCGGACCCAGAAUAUCAGAGUUUCGACUAGUACAUUCUGCUUGUGAACUUGGAGCUAAUUUUGUAAGGACUUCUAAAAUGUGAGGACCAUAUUUUCUACUCUUCCCUACUUACAAUAAGUGAAAUGCAGUAUUGUGGAGGAAACGGAACUUCUUAUCAUGGAAAUAAAUUUUUGGACAUUUUUUUCAUAUAAGAUUAUUGAUUUUUAGUUUUGCUUGCAGGGGAUUUUCAUAGACAUCUCAUCCCAUUAAGUAUAUAUUUCCAGAAUCAUCUAGAAAUAUACUGGAUUUUCUAACAUAACAUACAUAUUCAUAUAACAUUUUCAGAAGUUUUUUUUCUUUUUUCCAUUAAUUAAUCAUACUGGCAGUAACUGUUACACACUGAACUGGUUGUACAUUUGACAUUUAUUUCAGUUGCUUUGUCUAUCAUGAUUGUGUGUUGUUUUUGUUAUAAAAAGGGACAAAGAUAAUAAGCUCUAGAAUUUUUCACUAAGAAUUUCAUAGUAAAUUGUUUUAUACUUUGGCAUGUGAA